UGUUUCUUCCAAAGAAACCAUAGCCUUUCUCACAGACCUGUACCUUUCUAUAAACUCAUCUCUGAAGAAACCCCCAAGGUGCAACAACAAACCAAAGAAGAUGGGGAAACAGAGGAUCGACGAGGAAGAGAGAGAGGUGACCGAGUUGGUCAGGCAGUAUCCUCACCUGUACGACACGGCAAAUAGAAAGCACUGGGACAAGAUUGCCACGGCCAAUUCCUGGAGUGAAAUCGCCAGACACGUUGGGAAAACGGAGAAUGUAGUGAGAAAGAUAUGGAAAAGUGUCCGUGACCGGUAUUGCAAGGCGAAGAAGAGGUCCAUAGAAGCGCACCGAAGCGGUGCCGGGUACACGAAGGAUCCCCCUAUCAUGACAGAGCUGGCAUGGAUGCAUGACUAUAUAACACACCGCCCUACAGACUCUAAUUACCCAGAGAGCGAGACGAGCGAACCCACACAUGAGACCCAAGUUGAGAUCACGGCUGAGGCUACACUGGUGCGGCCUCGUAGGGAAGAAGACCACCCUCCUCCGAGUGGAGCUUUAUUGUCUAGGCAGAUGAGGAAGAUAGAGGAGAUGGAGUCCACUCUUCAGAGCCAUGUGGCCAAGCUGGAGGAGCGCAGGGCUCAGCUAGAGCAGCAGAAGAUGGCACUUGACGCACAGAAGACGGCCGAUGACGAGGUGGACAAGUUCGGCCUGAUGGUGGCCAGCCUGCUGCGCAAGAUUCCAGAGGAACUGAGGCCAGAGACCAUGUUUGAGGUCCACAAGGUCAUGUACGAGAAGCUGCAGAAGGCUAAACAGACAGCAGGUCAACAAGUGUCAUAGGAUUUUGGAUCAGAGGUGGAAGAAGUACUGAAGUUGUGUACUUAAGUAAAAGUAGAAGUACCCUGCGAAAAAAUUACUCAAGUGAAAGUAAAAGUUGUACACCAAAAAUGUACUUAAAGGGACACUGUGCAGGAAAUGGUCAAAAAAGGUACUGCAACUAUGCUGCCCAAUUGAAACUGGGUUGCCUAUUGCCAAAUUUGAUAUUUACAUGAAAGUUUACUAAGUAAUAAACAAAUAUUUUCAAGUAUGUCCAAGUAGAGUAAUUUUUGCAGCUAAAAAUGGCUAUUUUUGGAAAUUCAAAA